UGGACGGAAACCUUGGAGGGGUUCCUAUGGAGACGCCUGGUGCCUGUUUCUACGGAAACCGGGGCGGGGCAGCUUGGGCUUCAGGGACAAGAAUCGAGGGUUCGAAUCCCGUUUCGGCCUUUUUCCUCCACCUGGGAGAUUUUGAGAGCCAUUUUAGCCAUUCCAAGGCCCUUAAGGAAUCCUGCAGUGAGGAUGCCAGGGAGUCCAUUCGGGUUACAAGCUCAGGACGGUAGAUGCUGGGGGAAGGAGUCUGCUCCCCGAGACUGUGUCUGCUGAUUGGCGAGGCCUUCCUACAGGCCGGAGACCCUAGGCCUGCCUCGGGGGCUCUAUCUCAGAGGUUCGCUGCUGGACCCUAAGCUCCUCCUCGGACUUCUUGUGCUUGCUGUGAACCUCGAGGGACUCGGACUGGGCUGUGACAGGGCAGGGAUUUUUGUGUUUUGUUCCCAACUGUAUUCUCCGCGCCUAGGACUGAGGACUGCACACAGUAGGUCUGCCAUGUGGGCGCCCCGGCUACGCACGCUGCAGCUGCUGCUCCUACUGGGCUUAUCAUGGGCGCGGGCGGGCGCUCCGCGCUGCACCUACACUUUCGUGCUGCCCCAGCAGAAGUUCACCGGAGCCGUGUGCUGGAGCGGGCCGGUGGCCGCGCGCCCGGCGCCCGAGGCCGCGAACGCCAGCGAGGUGGCGGCGCUGCGCAUGCGCGUGGGCCGGCACGAGGAACUGCUGCGCGAGCUGCAGCGGCUGGCGGCCGCCGACGGCGCGGUGGCCGGCGAGGUGCGCGCGUUGCGCAAGGAGAGCCGAGGCAUGAGCGCGCGCCUGGGCCAGCUGCGCGCGCAGCUGCAGCACGAGGCAGGCCCGGGGUCGGGACCAAACCCGGGGGCGGAGCCCGCCGCCCUGCUGGCACUGCUUGGGGAGCGCGUGCUCAACGUGUCAGCCGAGGCGCAGCGCACCACCGCCCGCUUCCAUCAGCUGGAUGUUAAGUUCCGCGAGCUGGCGCAGCUUGUCACCCAGCAGAGUGCGCUCAUCGCCCGCCUGGAGCGUCUGUGCCCCGGGAGCAUGGGCGGGCAGCAGCAGGUCCUUCCACCACCCCUGGUGCCUGUGGUUCCGGUCAGUCUGGUUGGUGGCAUUAGUGACGCCAGCAGGCUAGAAUCAGCCUCAGAGCCCCAGAGAGAUCAGACCCUGAGACAGCAGGGGCCCUUGGCCUCUCCCACGCCCGCAGGGCACCCUGCUGUCCCCACCAAGCCAGCAGGCCCAUGGUGGGAUUGUGCAGAGGCCCAACAGGCAGGCCAUGGGCAGAGUGGAGUGUACCAGCUGCGACUGGGCCGACAUGUGGUGUCAGCAUGGUGUGAGCAACAACUGGAGGGUGGGGGCUGGACUGUGAUCCAGAGGCGGCAGGAUGGCUCUGUCAACUUCUUCACUACCUGGCAGCACUACAAGGUGGGCUUUGGGCAGCCUGAUGGGGAAUACUGGCUGGGCCUUGAGCCCGUGCAUCAGCUGACCAGCCGUGGGGACCAUGAGCUACUGGUUCUCCUGGAGGACUGGGGGGGCCGUGAGGCACGUGCCCACUACGAUGGUUUCUCCCUGGAGCCUGAGAGUGACCAUUACCGCUUACGGCUUGGCCAAUACCAUGGAGAUGCUGGAGACUCUCUUUCCUGGCACAAUGACAAGCCUUUCAGCACUGUGGAUAGGGACCGGGACUCCUAUUCUGGUAACUGUGCCUUGUACCAGCGGGGAGGCUGGUGGUACCAUGCCUGUGCCCACUCCAACCUCAACGGUGUGUGGCACCGUGGUGGGCACUAUCGCAGCCGCUAUCAGGACGGUGUCUACUGGGCUGAGUUUCGUGGUGGGGCUUAUUCCCUCAAGAAGGCUGCCAUGCUGAUCCGGCCUCUGAGGCAGUGACCAUCUGUCCAUCGGCCCCCCAGGUCCCCGGGGGUGUUUGUCAGCAGGAACCCAAGUUGUCCUGGCCGCACCUCCUUCAUGGCUUAGUGUGGGCCACGUCCUAGACACCUUCCCAUUGUGGAUCCGCUCCCUAGGGCCCUGGACUCGGGACCCCGGAAUCCCCCUGCCAGUAUCUUGGACCCAGAUGGCUCCCCAAGGGCAUUCGGAUCUCGGUUUGAGCUCAUAUUUUAUAACAACACAAAAUAUCCACAGACCGUGUCUGGUUUGCAUCUGCACCUGGCAGGGGUCACUCCCCGUGCCCGCCCUCCUCCUCCUCCUCCUCUUCCUCCUCCUCCUUCAGG